AUGAUUCUGAAGCAAACUACAGGACAAAACAGGGUUUUUGGUACCGCUAGGAACACAAACAUUACAGGAAAAUCCGUGACAGACAAGUGUAUUAUCAAAACAAAAAUUGCUGUUCCACGGAGACAACCCAAAUGUAUCAUUGACACCAGCGCUAAAACACAGGCCACUGAUGAAAAAUCCCCAGAAAAUGUGAAUCCCAGAUUGAAUAAGAAAAAUGAAACGUUCCCACAACGAAAGGCAGAGAAAACAUUAAAGAAUUCCCAAGAUAAGGAUUCUGUAGAGCCUAAAACUCCGGUAGCAUCAACCAAUGUUAGAACCAAGUCUAAAGUGCCACCUACACCGUUCUACACUGCAGUGCAUUGUAGCAAAUGCCGUUUUGAUAGGCUUGAGACUUCGUCUUAUUGGAUUAGCCAAAUCAAAAUGGCAGAGUCUGUUGGCAAACACUUUGUCGCCUCUGACUUCUUUAGGCUUGCUUUGGAAUCUCAGGCUGAGCCAAGUAGGAACCUCAGGAACGAGCUAAGAAGGUAUUUGUUAAGGCAUGGGCAUCUAUCAGAGCAGAAGGAAUGGAGAGAAGUUGCUGCUAGGUAUGGACUUUUGAAGGUUGAAAGCAACACUAGUAGAAUGGACUCGAGCAAUUUGUCGUCCAAUAUGUGCGGGAAAAAUGAAAGUGAUAGAGGUGAUGUACCAGGAAAACUUCCUGAAGAGUGA